CCUGAUUCUCGUCCACCGUCUGAAUUGAAAAGUACCAGUCCUUGGGGUCGAGACCAAAACAAGAGGAGACAUAAACGAGAUUAAAUCAAGAUCCAAGUCGAAUUUCCGUCUUGACUCUUGACCACCCGGUGCAACUCCAGCCAGACAAGAUGAAUGCCCAAAGAUACGGCGGCGGCAGAAGCGACGUGCUCCCGGCCGAGAUGGCUGGUAGGCUUAUGGUUCUCGAGAACCAGCUCCAGCUGAGCCGCGGUCGUAUCGCGGAUAUCGAGAACAAGCUGUCAAACUAUGAAGGGCCGCGGCGAGCAUACUCGGCCGGGACAGAGGGACAGAGAGCGCCAACCGACAUCAGCGACGACACGGACGUGGCCGAGUACAUGUUCCUUGACGUCAAGAGGACCAUCCCCGAGGUGCGCGAGUGCAACUUUGCGCAGUUCAAGAACCGCUUCGAGCCCGACGGCAGGGACGGCUGCUAUGCCGUCGACGUGCUGGUCUCUGGAGACCUGCUGCACCAGGAGAUCCAGGAGGAGCACCGCCUGCGUGACAAGCUGUUCCCCGGCCCGUCGUCGCUCCUAGUCAAAGACAAGGCCAUGGCCAAGGCCGUCAACACGGCGAACCUCACCACCGACCUCAUUGACCGGGCCCAGUCGGAGAAGAAGUGGCCCCGCCGUUUGCGAAUCCAGUCGCCCGCCCUGCUGCAGAUCCUCGCUAGGGCCAACCGCGAGAAGUGGACCGACAGGCCUCGCACCUACUACCGCCCCUUCAACUCUCUCAUCUACCAGCACGGCGAAGUUCGCGAGCUCCUCCAGCACCUCGAGGAGAAAUGGGGUGCCGAGCUGGAUUCCAGAACCACCGCGGCCCCGGAGACCAGCAACGAGACCAGCAACGAGACUAGCGAGACCAACAACGAGACCAUCGCAGUGGUGGACGACGUUGAGCAGGAGGAGAACCGACAGAACCCGGAGUCCGACGGCGACGACGACGACCAGUCCUCAGUCGACGACUCGCCCGAGGCGCUGGCCUGCCUGCGGGCCUACGUCACCUACAUUGACAACUACAUCAUGCCCGACUACCACAGAUUCGAGAACAUGGAUGUUACGUCCAACGCGCUGGUGCGCUUCUCGGAUCUGUGGUACCUGUUCAGGACGGGCGAGCUGGUGUACCAGCCGGCCGACGGGGAGCGGCCGGACCGGCGCGACUUCCGCACGGGUAAGCGCAUCUGGAAGACGUACGCCAUCGACUCGGUGCCCGAGAGGCUGCUGGCGGCGGCGACGGACGACACGGAGAUCCGAGACGCGGCGGUCAAGAACGACUAUACGGCCUUUAGCGUGUGCUGUUUCUACGUCGACUACACGGGCGAGGAGUUCUGUGUGGUCAAGAAGAUGGUCAAGAUCGAGAAGUUCCCGGGCGAGAUGAAUGUUGGCUCGUUGCCCGUGUACCCCAUGCGCUUCUGCCUCGACCACAAGGCGCGGCUCGAGCACGCCAUCAAGACGGGCGACCAGCUGCUCGAGUUCAUCAAGGCCAAGCACUGCUCGUACAGCGGGUGGACGCUGACGCAGUCGCCCAGCGGCGAGCCAACGUUGGAUAUGGACGGCGAGAAGCUGCUGCAGCCCGAGCACAUCAACAGUGAGGUCAUGGUCGACUUUGGCGAGGCUUUCCAGGCAUGCCCUGCCUGGCGGCCCCAGCGGGCGAGCAUGCGGCGGAAGAUUGUCGACGGGCGUACCGUGCCCGAAGACUUCCGCAUCCGCUGGUGGACGGGGCCGAAGCGGUCCCGGCUGCUGGGCGAGACGACCGAGAUGAUCCCCGUGAAGAGCGGAGUAUCGUUAAAGCAGCGUAACAAACUCUUCGCCACGGACCCCUUCCUCGUCGCCGUCAACCGCAACGCGCGGCAGCUUCAGCCGACGACGGAAAAAGACCUGACGCACGAGACGCGGGCGCUGCUCACGGGCCGCGUGUUUGCCUACGUGUUCCAGGAGCGCAAGUUCGCCCAGCUAGCCGUGGCGCAGCUGCGACCGUCGCCAAAGACGGGCCUUGCGCUUGACCUGCUGCGCAUUCCCAACGCCGUCAAGCACGCCAUCCAGGGCUCGGUGCAGGGCCACUUCCUGCAGAAGGCGGCCGAGCGCAAGAUCGGCCACGACUGGGCCUCGCUCGAUCUGAUCCAGGGCAAGGGCACCGGCCUCUUCAUCCUGCUGCACGGCGUGCCCGGCGUCGGCAAGACAGCCACGGCCGAGGCCAUUGCCCAGGCCAACGGCAAGCCGCUGUUCAAGAUCACCGUCGGCGACCUCGGCAUGACACCCGAGAGGCUCGAGAUGUCACUGCGCGACAUCUUCCGCCUGGCGAGCAUCUGGGACUGCAUCCUGCUGCUCGACGAGGUCGACACCUUUUUCUCCCAGCGUUCGCGGGCCGAUACGGCGACCAACAAGAACGCCUUGGUGUCCGUAUUCCUGCGCGUGCUCGACUACUACGACGGUAUUCUGUUCCUGACCACCAACCGCGCCGGCGUGCUCGACGAGGCCUUCAAGUCGCGUAUUCACUACAAGAUCUACUAUCCGGACCUCACCGAGGAGCAGACGCUGGACAUCUGGAAGCUUAACAUGCAGCGCGCGCGCAAGGUCGAGGAGGAGCUGGCGCGCGUCGAGGACCGCAGCCCGAUGAAGAUCAAUGAGAAGGCGCUGCUCGAGUUUGCCACGUUUCUCUUCCGCGAUGGCGGUGCCGGGCAGAGACGCGGAGACGACGGUAGUAGCGGCGGUCAUGGCCGAUGGAAUGGCCGUCAGAUCCGUAACGCAUUCCAAGUCGCCCGCAGCCUGGCCUACUACGAGCACGGCCAGCGGCAGAAGCAGUACAUUGCAUCUGCGACGGACACCGGAGACGGAGACGCCGCUGCUAACCAGCCGCCGCCGCCGACGCUGGACGUGCGCCACUUUGAGACGAUGCACGAGAUCACAGCGGCGUUUGAGCGAUACCGCACUGCGGUCCACAGCGGCGCCACUGACGCCGAUCUCGCUCACGAGCUGGAGUACCGCUACGAUCCUUACCGCGACCACCUGACUGAAGCGUGGCAGGCUGAGUACCGCAACAACUACCUCCGGGCCGCCACCGCAGCAGCAGCCGCCGCCGCCGCCGCCGCCGCCGCAGGUGGCGGCGACGUCGGGAUUGUGCAGGUUGUGGCGGCCGAGGACGGCCAGCAUGUGAGCACGAGCGACGGCAAUAUCGAGUUCAGUUCGACUAGGGUCGUCAUGUCGGGCGACUAUCGGGAGCGACCGCCGCGGCAGCAGCAGCAACAGCAGUACGAAGCAGGCGACGGCCCGUUUCCGCCUGCUAACGGCGCCGACACCUUUGUUCUCAAUAACAACAACAACAACAACAAUAGCCGGGGAAUGAACACGCGCGGGCCGCAGAUCAUCGCCACCCGCAACCGCAGCAACACCAACCUGUCCACCACGGCCAGCGUCGGCGGAGGGAGCGGCUCGACGCCGCCCAACAUGAACGGCUUCCCCUCGGGCGCCGCUGGGAGCGGUCCCAUGAUGAUGCAGCAACCGCAGCAUCAUCAGCAGCAGCGGCUGGUCACAGCGUACGGCCCGAUGCUGGACACUGGCAACAAGUCGCUGGACCAAUAUAAUAAUGGCAACAACGCAAAUCACAAUUACACCCAAGGUCAGGCACCGGGGUCGUGGGGACAACACCAACAUCAACAGCAGCAACAGCAACAACAGCAGCAGCAAGGCUACGGCAGCAACUACCCGCAGCCCCAGCAGCAGCAGCAGCAGCAACAACAACAACAACAACAACAACAACAACAAGGCUACGGCGGCAACUUCCUGCAGCUUCAGCCCCAGCAGCAGCAGAGACCAUACAACCCGGCGACGCCGCGCAACAUUGGCGGCGGCGGCGGCGGCGGCGAGGACUACGCAAAGCAAAAGCAGCAACAACACCAGACUUUCCAUAACAACGACAACACCUACGCGGCCCCCUACGCGGCUCGCGACGGCGGGUUACUAGGCGCCGCCAUGUUCGGCGCAUCGUCUUCCAGCAACGCCAUCACACCCCAGCACCAUCGCCGAUCGUCAUCCGGCGAAGGCGGCGGUGCAGGUGUAGGUACAGGGCAGGGCUAUGCGCUGGGAGGUUUGAAGCAGAUGUACAAUAACAACAACAACUCCAGUGGAAACAUGGGUGUUGGUGCUGCUGUUGGUGGCCGAGGGCGCGCGGAGAGCUUGUCGAUGGCGGCUAGAGGCGGAGGCGCCGGUGCAGUUGCUGGCGGACUCGGUCUAGGGCUGGGGCCCGGGCCGGGACUGAACUUCAGCUUGAACGGGCUAGAGGACGAGACGGAUCUUUGAACCUUCCUACCUUGGUCAGGGGCCGUCCUUUACCUUUUUUUCGUCUUCGUACGUGUUGUUUCGUUUGUGACGGAUUCCUUUUCUUGAUCUUGUUUUUACCCUUUAUUUUUGGGCUUUCCUUGACGGGGUUUUCUGUUC